AUGUCGGAAACCAUUCAAAGGCUGAAAUCAGCAAGGACACCUGGUAAUGAUGGACUACCGAGAGAGAUAUUCAAAUGUGGUGACCGAAGAUUAAUCCAGCGGCUUACGGCAUUAGACCGAUACAUUUGGGAGCAUGAAGAGCCACCGCAGGAGCUUACGGAUGCGCAGAUCGUGCACAUAUUCAACGCAAAGGCGAUAGAACAACCUGCGAUAUGGUUUGUCCAGACCACGAAAGACCCUGUCUGGAGUUGUUCUGAACCAAUUUGCUUCACACGUGACCAACAGCGGCAUCCUACCAGAGAAUCAGUGUGGUCGUGGCUCCACCGAUAUGAUAUUCAGCGCUCGCUAACUACAGCAGAAAUGUCGCGAAAAAAAACUGCCGAUCCCUUCACUGUGUUCGUCGGUCUCAUAAAAGCGUUCGAUUUAGUGAACAGAAGUGGUCUGUGGUCAGUUUCGCGUAGGAUCGGUUGUUCAACGUAA